AUGAUGCGUAACUGCAUCGUUUUCACCCUGUUGGCCGUCUCCUUGACGGCGGCCACAGGCUACCAAUACGAAUACUCGUACAAGACCUACACCGCCGACGUGGAUUUCCUCCACAAACAAAAGAAGGUCUUUGAUCUCCUCGCCUACGUCGACCAGAACAUCAUCACCGACACCGAGUACUAUGAGUACGGUCACACCUUCGAGCUGGCCAACCACAUCGAGUACUUCACCAACCAAGAUGCCGUAAGCGAGUUCCUCGAGUACUGGAAGUCGGGUGACUACCUGAGCCGUGACGCCCUGUUCUCGUACUACAACGACGAGCACCUCUACGAGAUGAAACUCCUUUACCAAGUGUUCUACUUCGCCAAGGACUUCACGACCUUCUACAAGGCGGCCUGCUGGGCCCGCACUUACAUGAACCCCGGGGUGUUCCUCGCCGCGUUCACGAACGCCGUGACCUACCGCAGCGACACCAAGUACAUCCGGCUGCCCCUCAUCUACGAGAUCUUGCCCAGCAUGUUCUUCGACUCCAAGGUCAUCCGCGACGCGUACAAGUACAAGAUGAGCCACUGCUACAACAAGUACUACAAGGACUCGUACGACAUGGAGAACGCGGUCGAGACGUACUACGUGUACUCCAACUACUCGGACUAUUACAACUACUACGGUGCCGCAUACAACAACGAGUACAAGCUGAGCUACUUCACCGGUGACAUAUCCCUCAACGCCUACUACUACUACUUCCGCAUGGCCUUCCCCUUCUGGAUGGACCUCAAGAGCUACGACCUCCCCAAGAGCUUCCGCGGUGACUUCUACUACUACAUCCACAAGCAGAUCAUGUCCAGGUAUUACCUCGAAAGAUCCUGCAAUGGUUUCAACGAGCUCGAUUACUUCUCCUGGGACAAGAUCAAUUUGCCCGGCUACUACUCCGACUACACCUACGCCAACGGCAUUCCCAUGCCCAAGCGCGACUGGUGGAACUUUGUUCCCUACUACAAGGCCAAAUCCGUCGAGUACAUCAAACUGUUGGAGACUCGCAUCUACGAAGCCAUUGACUUUGGCUUCUUCUACAACGAAUCCGGCAAACCGGUCGACCUGUACACCCAAGAGGGCCUCAACUACCUCGGUAACCUCAUCGAGGGUAACUACGACUCCGAAAACCUCCAGUACUACGGCUCGUACGAUGCAUUGGCACGUAACAUCCUCAGCAUGAACUACGAAUCCACCAGCAAGAACUACUACAUCCCGAGCGCCAUGCAAUUCUUCUCCACCAGCUUGAAGGAUCCCGCGUUCUACAGGCUCUACGACAAAAUCGUCUACUUCUUCCAGAGAUACAAGAACUACCUGGAGCGCUACAGCAAGGAAGAGUUGGACUUCCCCGAUGUGAGCAUCGAGGACGUCGAGGUCGACAAACUCGUGACCUACUUCGACGUAAAGGACUAUUACAUCAACAACGCCAUAACCGUGAACAGCUACAAGGAGGGCAAAUCCUUCAACAUGAAGGCCUGGCAGUACUUCCUCAGCUACAAGCCCUACACCUACAAAUUCUCGGUCAACAGCAAAAAGGAGACCAAGGGUAUAGUGCGCAUCUUCCUGGGACCCGCUUACGAGGGUGAACAGUACGUCGACUACUACUCGUACUUCAGCAAGUACUACAAGUACUUCUUCGAGCUCGACCAGUUCGAAAUUGGCCUCAAACCCGGCAUGAACACCUUCGACCGCAAGAGCACCGACUCUCCAUUCUUCUACAACUACAACUCCCUCGGUAGCGACGCCUACUACAAGAAGAUCAUGAAGGCCAUCGAGGGCAACGAGCCGUUCACCUACGGCGAGACCCGCUACGGCUUCCCCAGCAACCUCAUGCUCCCCAAGGGCUCGGUCGACGGCAUGAAGUACAAGAUGUUCUUCUACAUCAGCCCCUACCAGGAGGGCAAGGUGUACGACAUACCGUUCUACGGCCAAUUCAAAUUCUACGGCCAAUCGUUCGGCUUCCCGCUCGACAGACCCAUGAACCCCUGGUUCUUCAAGCUCCAGAACAUGUACUUCAAGGAUGUGUCCAUCAUUAUAAGAUGA